UAGGCCCGUAGCGUUUGAUCUGGGACCCCGUAAUCUACUUACAUGUGUCUACUGCUCUAGCUAUAGCUAAAAUAACUGCACGUCCAGGCUUGAACUUUAAAGCAAGACAACCUCAAGUUUGUUUGUUUUUUCUUUUUAAAAUUGGAAGUGCAUUGGGGAAAUAUUUAAAGAAUCGCCAUAAAACAGCGGUCUGUCACAGGUUUAAAAAGCUAAAAACCAAUCAGGUAAGCUGUUCCUUUGACGGUCAUUUGCAGUCCUUGCAGUGUGAGAGCCUGUUUUAAGAGGGCGGGCCACAAAGUUGUGGCGUCGUUUAUAGCCCAGAGUUUGACAGCAGCGAGCAAGUGUGCGUCUCUGGUUACUCGGGGCUGUUUGGUGAGGAUUAAUCUGCAACAUGGAAUACACACUCAACAUUCAAAUCCAGGAGAGUGAUUGCCUUGAAUCCUGAAGAAAUCUGCUCAUUUAGUAAACAGGAGAGAUGGAGAAGGAUUUGUCAUCAACACCAACUAGUGUCAACGUCCAGGGGUCGAGCCCUGUCCUGGAUAUACCCUCUUGUCCCUCCCAAAUGCAAAUUCCUCUUUCACCCAUCUCCAGUAACCUCUCUGCUUCUCCCACUCAGCAUGAAAAAUCACUAACCUCUCUGAAACCUAGAAAAUUACCCAGUUCUUCGCCAACAUCUACACAUACUACUGCUAAACAGAUGGAUCCCCCCCUUUCCUUAGACAAGUCAAAGCCCUUAUCGCCUGCUGUGUCUCCUAGCUCUACAUGUAAAACCGUUUCUACUAAUCCCUCCCUUAGUGCUCUAAUCAGAACACCCCUACCAGCUUCUCUCGCCCUUGCUGACCCUCAAACUUCCACAAUUUCACCCACUUCCAACCUCACAUCUGCCUCCUCAACAGCUACUUCCACCACGGCUUCCACAUCUUCUUCCAUGGCCUCCGCAAAACGCACUUUUGCUUCCAUGGCCAAACGGGUAAUCAUACAGGAAAGACUUAGAAAAGCUGAGGAAGAGGAUGCCAUUGAUGAAGAGGAUGAUGAAGAACCAGAGGAAGACAUGUCUGUGGAGCAGCUUGAGGUGAAGGCCAUAGGCGGUGAUGCCAGAGCUCAGGCCCGUCUGGGUCAGCACUACUUGGGUCUUGCUAAAGAGAAGGAUACUGAAACAAAUAAUCUGUUGGCUGUUAACUGGCUUGUUAAAGCAGCAAAACAGGGAAGAAGGGGUGCAGCAAAAGCCCUGCAGCGCUGCUGGAUCCAGAAAAAAGGAAUCACUCCAGAGAAUGAGCCCGAUGUCCGCAGGUUGUCGACAGAGAGUAAGUUUGAGCUGGCAGUACGCAAAGCAGCCAUGAUGAUGUACUGGAAGCUAAACCCAGACAGGAAGAAGAAGGUGACUGUAUCUGAGAUGCUGGAAAAUGUCAACCAGGUGAAUGCAGUUCCAGGUGGCACUGCAAGCAGCAAGGUUCCUGUCCCAACUUCAAAUCAAGCCCAGAAAGUGUUGGGGAGCAUGGUCAGCAAUGACUCCAGUCAGAUGGUGGACCUGGAUGAGUUUGUUGAGAUGACUAAGAACUAUGCACAGGGUAUUGCCCCGGCUACUCCCAAGAACGGCAGCCAAGUCUCAGCCACAACUGAAAGCCCUGCACCUCAUGACAGUCGUACAGGGCACAAGGCUGAGUCAGUCUCAUCAGGAUGCAAGAAGUCAAACAAGAGUGCCUGGAGUUUUGGCCGAAGUGGGAUGAUGCUGCACACCAGUGAGACCGGAGCCUUUAGAAGGGCCAUGGACAUGAAGUCACAAUUAAUAAUGCUGCAGUACCCACUGCAUGCAGUUGUUGAGAUAAAGGAGCAUCUUGUUGAUUGGGCAUCACGGGCCGGUGUCCAGUGGCUGAGCACAGUCAUUCCGACGCAACACGUCAAUGCUCUCAUUUUCUUCUUCAUCAUCAGCAACUUGACGGUGGAUCUGUUUGCUUUUGUUAUCCCUCUGCUUGUCUUCUACCUCUCCUUCAUCGCCAUGAUCAUUUGCACGCUGCGUAUUUUCCAGAGGACAAAGACCUGGGAGAACUUUAGUGCCCUGACAUCUCUGCUGACACGGUUUGAACCUGGCCUUGAUGUGGAGCAAGCAGAGACAAACUUUGGCUGGAACAACCUUGAACCGUACCUCUAUUUUAUCUUCUCCGUCUUCUUUGUAAUUUUCUCCUUCCCUGUAGCAGACAAGAAUUGGAUCCCCUGCUCUGAGCUCUCGACUGUGGCCAUCUUCUUUACUGCUGUCAGCUACCACAGCCUCAGCCCAAAUGCCACAGCAUAUGCACGCCGGGCAAUGGUUAUAGAGAUGGCAUCAUCUCUCUGUUGCCUGACGCAGUUCUUGCCACAGAACAUGACGGUGCUUCAUUUACUGGGACGCACCUUCACCACUCUGCCACUGGGGGAGUCUGUGGUGCUGAAGCUCAGUCUCCCCUGCUUGCUUUAUGUUUACCUGUUCUAUCUGUUCUUCAGCAUGGCGAGGAUGCGUGGUUUCCGGGGAACUUACUGCUUCCUGGUUCCGUAUCUUGUGUGCUUCAUGUGGUGCGAGUUCUCAGUGGUCCUCCUCCAGAAUUCCACUGUUGUGGGUCUAAUCCGCACUUGUGUGGCUUACUUUCUCUUCCUGUUUGCGUUGCCUGUUCUGGCAUUUGGUCUCGCCACCAUGCUCUUCAUCCAAGUGUUUAAGUGGUUCCUUGAGCUAGAACUGACAAAGAUGAUCGUGACCCUGGUAAUAUGUGCAAUCCCUGUCACCUUGCGGCUGUGGACGCGGUUCAGCACGUCCAUUCUGGAUGUCUUUCGCUCACUGACUCAUCGGGGUCCAGUCAAACUCAUUUUACUCUGCAUCUCCAUGGUCCUUCUAUUCUUCUCUGUCUAUGUGUACCAUGCAGAAGGUGAGAAGGUGUACAACUCCACCCUUACUUGGAGUCAGUAUGGCCAGGUUUGUGGGCCUCCUGCUUGGGAAACCAAAGGCAUAGCCCAGACACAAAUCUUCUGUAGCCACCUAAAUGGACACAGAGUCACCUGGACUGGGCGCUUCAAGCAAGUCCGUGUGGCUGAAACAGAGAAUGGGGCACAGUCUGUGAUCAACAUGUUGCCGGUGUUUGUUGGAGAUUGGCUGCGCUGCUUGUACGGUGAGACCUAUCCCAAAUGUGAGCCAAAGAAUGCCACAGUUGCAAAUCUGACAGCUGCAGAUUUGACAGCCAGUUCUGCAUCAGUGCCUGUUUCACUGCCAAUCCUCCUUCUAUCGCAAGAUGAGGAAGAACUGUGUCAGCUCAAGGCUCUGGCUAAACAUACCUGCCAUGUCAAGCGUUUCGACAGCUACCGCUUUGAAGUGACAGUGGGAAUGAUCCAGGAUGAACGUGGAGAGAGAGAGGACCCAGCCAGAGAUAUAGUCCUAAUGGCGAGUCAUGAGUUCAGACAGGUGCUUCUAAAUCUGAGCCCUGGUAAUAAGGUGGAGUUUAGCACCAAACUGGAGGGACGUCUAGGAGCCAGAGCUCCAGCCUUUGAGUUGAAAGCUAUCCACUGUCUUGACUGUCCUUCUUCAGUGCUCACUGGAGGCAGGCAGGUGAAAAUAGAGAGAAACUGGAGAUGUACCACAAUGAAAGCCCUGAAGUUUGCAUUUGAUUUUUUCUUUUCCCCAUUUUUGUCAGCAAAAAUUUAAAACUAGUAAUUAAAUGUAGAAAUAAAAUAACCUAUUUGAGUCUCUCCAGAACAUCAUUUGUUUCUUAUGAUGUUAGGCUAGAAGCACUGAUGUAAUUAAAAUAGUAUUUUUUUAAAUUGGAUUGAUCUAUAAAGUUUGUGUUCCUGUGCAUUAGUUUAUGCAGAGCUUACUUUUACUUCAUCUACAGCAGUUUAAGAAUCGUCAGACGCCAACUUUGGCAAGACUCGUGAUCUGUUCUAUUUUCAAAUCCCUGUUAUGUCUAGCUAGAGUUAAACUUAUACACACACAACCUAAUAUAUAAUAAUAUGUCAUAAUAUAGUUAUAAAGAACUGGAAAAUUGGCUGUAAUUUGAUGGUAUCCAGCUGUAUGCAAGAAGGCUAAUGCUGGGUGAUGUUCUCCUUUGAAUACCUAGAAAACUGCACAUUUGUUGAAAACAAAAUAGCGACUGAGUGGAUUUUAUAUCUGCCUUUGUAUUUAGAAAUUUAUCUAGAAAUAUAGCGUAUGGUUAAGAUAUUUGCAUUUGUAUUCUGUUUAUAUUUGUGCGUUUAAGCCAAUUUUCAAAUGCAUAUUUAAAUAUUUUUAUGGAAAUAUAUGACACAAAUUUAGUGAUAAUAUAUAUGCAUUUUUGGCUUCCUCUGUUAGGCAAUAUUUUAUGAUGUUGUCUUUAAACUUCCUGGUCUUAACUUUAUUUUUAGCGUCAGAUUUUCCUGUCUCUCAAGCUAUGAUGCACAUGCAGUCAUUUUGAAAAGCCCGCAUAAAACUUUCAUCCAGGGGGGGUUGCAGUAAACUUGCAGAUUUUUGUAUUACACAUAUCAAAAUGCAUCAAAUGUGGUGCUGUGGAUUAUACACAGAUAUCUACGCUUUGGUCCGAUCUGUCUCUCAUCAAGACAUUGUUCCAGAAGUCUUGUGGUUUGCCCAGAUGCAGAUCUGCAAACUUAAACUGUGCUGACAUCUUGUUUUUAGAGGAAGAGCCUUUCUCCUGGAACCCCUUCUACUCAAGUUGUACUUUUUAUAAAUUUACUAUCAUGAACUUUAACAUAUUCAGGCCUAUAGAGGCUAAGAUAUGGUGCUCGUUGUUCUUGUAGGUGAUCUGAGAGUUACACAGUGUGACUUUGGAGUGAAUUUGCUGGGGCAUCCCCUCAUUGGAAGAUUGUGGCAUUUUGUUAACACACAUGAGAAUGCUCCAGCCCAGAAAACUGCCGAAACCUCUGCUUUUAUAGAAGUGCUCACUUGCUGAUGAUCAAUAACCAGACGCAAAUAAGGUUGAACUUUGUGCAGUUCUGUGAAAACUUUCGUUAUCACAUUAACACACACUAGACCUCCUUUUAUGGUAUUUCUCAAAUGUAUGUCAAUGACAAAUUUAAGACACACCAUGUUCAUUCCAUAACAAUUAAGAAUUACCAGGAAUGUUUAAAAUGAGUUGUUUCACUGAGUUGAACACAAUAUUGGUUCAAGUUAAGAGACCAUUUUGUUUACAGAAUCCGAACCUUUAAAGAAAAACAUUUUUUAUCUCUAAAUUUUCCAGUUUGGAAUUUGACUGAAAAAAGAGGUACUAAAAAAAUAUUGUACACAUAAUUAAAAUAAGCCCUGUGAAAGAUUGGCGAUGUGCCCAGAGUGUAUCGCCACCUCUCAACCCUAAGCUCCAUAAGCUCCAGCAGCCCUGAAUUGGAUAAGUGGAAGAAAAUGGAUGGACGGAUAGUUAAAAUACCAGUAAUGAAUGAUUUAUUUAUUUUUGAAAAUUGGAUUGUAAGAAAGCAUGAAUGAAAUGUGGGUUUUCCUAGAUAUCUGGUUUACACAGUACAGUAAUGCAGUGGUGGUGUAUGAAAAGCUUUACACAUAAACACUAUCAAUCUGUAACCUCAAUGCUCGUGUGAAUUACAAUUGCUGAUGUUGAGCCUCGACACUGUAAAUGUGAGUGCCUUUUUUUUCCCACUGAUGCAGUUAAAUGGGGCGUCUAUUAAAAUGCUUGAAUUGGGGGAAAAAA